UGUUUUUGGAAAAGGCGAACAACAUGCGCUCGAGAGUUUCUGUUACACUUGGUGCUAAAAAGUUGCAGAGGGAUGACGUUCAUUGCAUUGGAAGUGAGAAAGAAGACAAAUCAUACACUUGGUCUGCAGCGAGUAAAGAAGCUGAGGCACUCAUGCGGUUGAAUGAAAAAGCGUCGUGUUCAUCAUCAAAAUCUGAUUAUUCGGAAGUGAAUAAAUCUUCCAAAGGUAAAGGUGAUCGUUCAUCCAGUUUACAUUGUCACAACCUAGUGUUCUGUUAAACUCGAGAAUCAAAAAGCAAAGGCAAGCCAAGAUUUUCCUUCCAUUUCAUGACUCACAAGGACGAACCCUCUUGCAUUUCUAUAGCUAAGAACGAACAGGAUGUGUCAUUCGAGGUUCAAGAAGUGCCUGACAUGUUGAACACAAUUGAGCCUAUAACCGAAGAAUAUUUGGAUUUUGAGUUUAUUCACUAUAUUCAAGGAGAGGAGGAAAAUCAGUUGGAGAUUGUGCCUAUUGAAGUCAAUGAACUUGGGCAUGGAUCUAUUGAGCAGUCAAUGGCGGAGCUUUUAUAUGGCCUUCAGGAUAAGACAACGAUGCUGAGAGAAAUUUCUAAAAUGUAUCAUAGAAAAAGAUGUAAAACGGUGCAACCUUCUAUGAAAAUGGUAUCUUCACUCGGAGAUAGAGUAAUUGACAGUGAAAGCUCCCCUGAGCACUUAGGCUCUGGAUCGCCAAGUGAUAGCGAGGCUGAAGAUCAAAUUCUAGAAGCUUGAUAAACUGGAGGUAAAGAGGCAAACAUUGGUGGAUCGAUUUCAGGAAGCUCUAAGUGACAGAACCCUUGUUGCAGUGCCUAAACCAUUAAGAAUUGGAUUAUUUGGGGAACUGCAGCAGGUUGUGCAGAGUGAGAAAGAAAGUGACAUGGAAUUCUUGAAGAAUAUCGAGAAUGGAGCGAACCAAAGUAAAAAAGCCUCGCAAUUAUUCUGUUUUUACGUUAAUUUCUACAUGCAUAGUACUAUUUGGAUAGGAGCAAAUUGCACAAAGAGGUUUGAAUGUAGUGUUUCGUGUUUACACCUCCUCAGACGAACCAACCUACAUGGAUGUGAAAAUUCUUUCAAGGUACUUGGAUGCAAAGCUGACAGUUUGCCACUGCUCCUUUGGAAACAGCGUGAUGGUAUGUUAAUUAUCAUUUCCUAGUUCUUCUUCCGGCAUGUUUCUGAGUGAAUGCACGAGCACUUUUUCUCACGGCUCUGUUAGAAACGAUGAGUGAAGAUGAAGAAACAACAUGGACAGUUUUUUUCAAUCCAAGAGUUAGCGAUGAAGAAGGAUUUUGUCUUUGAAAUGAAUGGUACACUUAUGGGAGGAGUGGUUGGUGGGUGAGAUUUCUGGUACACUUAUGGUACACAUAAGAAAUCGUCUUGCAAUCGCAUUUAUUUAUCGAAGAUAAAAAGAUCAACUAUUAAAUAUGAGUAA